UAGGACCUUUCAUGAGUAUGAGUGAGCUAAGCGUUAAAAGUAUUUGAUCUGCUGAAAGAGAUUUCAUUCUGUCGUUAUAAUUAGGCCUUAAAAUGAUCGUGCAUUUGGGACCAGCUGUUACAAUCGAUAUCGUCUACCGCUGAAUCACUUUGAAGACGAGAGGAAAAACAUUUAAUCCAGCUGAAAUUUCUUACAUCCAACCACUGUGACAGUCGAUCCAUAUGUUUACGGAUGUUAGGUAGUACUCCCAAAGCAAAACGCCGCCUAUCGUAUUCGAACUGAAGUUUUAAGUUGAAAGUGACAGGAUAGUUGCAGAGGCAGUGUCAACGGUGCAUCAAGCGUGCGCACGUAAUUGGCCGCGUUCAGCGCUGUCGUCACGAUCACGUCCAAGCCGCGGCUUGCUUCAAUAGCCCCCCUGCCAGUUGGUCCGUCACUAAUCAACCGCUGUUCUAUUGCAGUAUUCGACUGAAAUGUUAUCAACAUCGGGAGCUGGGGGGUUCCAGAUGGUCGCAUUAUGGACAACUACGCUUACAUUGAUAGUGCUUACGGCAACCGGGACUCGUACCACUGCGAACGUCAGGACCACAGCAAAUCAUUCGACUAUGGCAAAUCGUGUCCGGAGAGAAGCUGUUGAUCUGCGGUCUGUUUAUCAAAUUCAACUCGACAACGUCACAAAAAUCCAAAUCAAUGCUGGACCACCCUAUACUGAGUUUGCUACGUGUCUAGCAGAAAUGACUGAAGAUGAAAAGAGAAACCUCGUGCUUGCAAAGGAUCUCAGUGGGUGUGGCAGGGAUGCAAUGCGCUUAUUUGAGAAGCAGGUAAAGCGACAUCUCGGCAUCCGGUCAAUGUCGGACUUACCCUACGUGGUUGGGAAUCUUUCACGAGUAGACCAUAUGACAUCGCGUAUCCUUAAACAUAUAGAAAAUGUCGAGAAACAGAUGCGACGAAUGGAUAGAAUGGAGGGAAGCCUUUUUCAUCGGACUCUGCAUAAUGCACAGGACGCCUUCAAGGGCGUUGGCGAAAUGGCGAGUCUUCGGAGUUCCAACCUCGUCAGUAAUAUUCAACACUUUUUCAAGGACUUUAACCGAUCGAUGAGCAACUUUGAUGAAUUAGCCAGUAAUUUCGAAAAGAAAACUUUAAGUGAUACGACAGAAAGUAUGGCUUCUGGUGCAACCCUCAGUGAUCUCGAUGUCAUUACGAAACGAUUACAAAGAGAUAUCUACAGUCUUCACAAUCUGACGGAAGCAUUACCUACGCUGCAAGAUGGCCGCCGGCUUACGGACCAGACUGUAGGGAACUUCACUUUAAUGAUGCGAAACCUCACUAUUGGGUUACCCGAACUGGUUCGUCGCAUGGGUCCACUACGAGAUCGUCGAGGAGCCCAUCAGAUCCGGGAAUUCAUGUCUGUGGUCAACGAUAACAUGCAUAACGUAUCCAUGAGUCUGACCGAGCAGCCGCUACACAGAAAUGGCCGCAGCGAUAUUUUCUCUGCUGUCGAUGGCUUUCAGUCUGCAAUAGGACACAUGGGAGCCGCGUUUCACGAUCUCCUGCGAGGCACAUUGGCGUUUAUCAAUCCAACGUCCUGGCAACCUAUUCUACCGCUGGUAUCUCGACCUUUGCGCGAGCGCCCCUUGUUAGGAGCACCUCUACUAGGGCAGCCCUUGCUUGACAGACGAACAGCAAACGACGAACGAAGACCACUAGCCUCACUGCCUCUGCUGGGCAGGCCGCUCAGGCCUCCCGUGGGUCUGUUGGCGCUUCAGCGAAUGGUGGAGCUGGGCCUAGGUCAAAGGCAGCACCAAUUUUACCCCUAUGAACAGCCAGAUAUCAAUCCAAGGAGACGUCGAACCAACAAAAACAAUGACAAUGACGAGGAUUCCGACGACUCAAAAGAAAACCGCCAAAGGGAAAGGAAAUCCAAAAAAAACUGAGAUUAGGUUGUACAAUAAGUGGCGAUAUUUCCAAAUCUCAAUGUAACCAUCAUAACUAGCCUUUGCACUAUUUAGCUAUAUAUUGCUGUCGAAAAUAUAUUAUGUAGGCAACAUAAAAUUGGAAAAUUUUUCGUCUAUGUUAGAUACACACGGAAGACAAAAAAGAAAGUUCAAUAUUUAUAUAAUAUUGCCAAUACGUAUAUCGACGUUUUUUUUUCCAUAUUUAAUAUUGCUUCGCUAUAAUUUUUAAUUUGGCCAGGUAUAAAACAUACAAGCUUAUCUUGCAGAACCAAAAUAUCUUUGCAGACCGAAAGAAAAUAUUUGAUAUUUCGGUGUAAAUAAUAACGCGUUUAUAUGCGACGUCCUUAUAAUACAUGAAGAGAAAUCUGCUGAUUGUUUAGAAUUCAAAAUUUGGUUAGUUAUUAUAGGUUAUUCGGUGAAGUUAUAAUAAGUAAGCGAUUCUACCUACAAAACGCUAUCCCUAUAGGAAAAUUCGGUGCGUGAAAUCCUCGGAAUAUUUUUGUAAACUAUCCGGUAAGUCGUUCACGUAAUAAGUAAAUGGCCAACCCAUUAUCGGCAGAAUGAUUUAGUUGGUUGAAUAAAAUGUACUGACCCAAGUUAUGGCGAAGUACUCAGUCGACGAAAUCUAGGUACAGGUGAGGAACUGAUCAUAAUUAUCUACUAUAUUGUUUUUUCAGGACGAGGUGAGUGAAUUUGUUUGUUAAAUCAUCAACUAUAGGU